AAUGUAAAUUGUAAUUUUCUAAAAUAAACAUGAAUUUUGUUAUGUGCUAUGCAGGUUAUGAUGCCCAACUUAACAACCUUGACUGUGCAUCAAUGUGAUAGUUUAAGAUUCUUGUUUUCGAGUUCCAUGGCUAAAUGUCUCAGACAACUCAAAAAUCUCAAGAUAUCGAAUUGUCAAAUUAUGGAAGAGAUAGUCGGAAAUGAGGAGAAUACAUAUGAUAUGUUUGAUAAGCUAAGUCGUCUAGAGUUACAACAUCUUCCAAGCCUUGCUAGAUUCAGCUCAGGAAGUUACAUUAAAUUUCCAUCUUUGGUGUUUUUGGAUCUAGACGAUUGUACUAAACUGGAGACAUUCAUCUUUGAUGCCAAGAGUGAAAAUAUUACAACCAACAAAGAAGAAAGAGAUAUUGAGCUCUUUGAUGAAAAGGUAGGAUUUCCUAGCUUGGAUACGUUGUACAUAUGGGACUUACCUAAGUUGAAGACAAUAUUCCACAACCAACUUCAUUCAGAUUCUUUUAGCAAGCUCAGAAUUAUGGAUGUUCGUAGAUGCCACAGUCUGAUUAAUAUCUUUGGGCCAAGUAUCAUGGGAAGAUUAAAUGCUCUAGAGACAUUACAAAUAAAGCAGUGCCAGUCACUACAAGUGGUAUAUGACACAUCAUCUACCACUCAGUUGAACUGUUUUGAAUUCUCUAAAGUAACAUGUAUGAUGUUUGAAGAUCUACCUCAACUACAGAGUUUCUAUCCAGGGCUGCAUGUUUCUAAUUGGCCAUUACUCAAUACAUUAAAUUUCAAGAAAUGUGCUAAUGUGGAGAUUUUUUGCUUCUGA